UGUAGGGUGGGGGUUUACGCUAUGUUGAGUAAUGUCCUCUACACUGACACCCUGUAUGCCAUUAGCAUGAAUAAAGACAGUAGGCUGAAGACACUUGGCAGCCUGGGACUCUGGGAACAUGAUUUCAAAUAACAACUCCAGUUGUUCACAAAAAACUGAGUUUAAUCUUGUUCAAGUGAAGGGAACAUGGAUUCGACAAAGUGACCAGUUCCAGCUGGCAGAGGGAAAGUUAUCAGAUGCUAAAAUCUAUGAGAACAAGUCAGAACAUGGGGUUUCCUGGACAGUGGUCAGCCCUGUUGUGUUCACCUACAGAGUUAUUCAGUGCAAAAACAUACUGGAUCCCACGAAUGACACCCUGCUCUGGGGUCACUUAGGAGAAGAGGAACUUAAACACACCUUAAGUAACUGCAAACCACUGAAGCGAUUUGUUGUCCUUGAUGAAAAUGUCAACAAGCUGUAUGGCUCCCAGGUUUCUCAGUACUUCAAAGCCAGAGGAGUCGUUUGCAAGAUUCUCCCUCUGCCCACCACUGAAGAAAACAAGUGUAUGGAGUUAGUGACCAAGAUCCUGGAGGAAGUUCAUGAGUUUGGUAUCGACAGACGCUCCGAGCCAAUCGUAGCCAUCGGCGGAGGAGUUUGUCUGGAUGUGGUGGGCUUGGCGGCAUCUCUCUAUCGCCGAAGGACCCCGUAUAUUCGAGUGCCGACCACUUUACUUUCCUAUAUUGAUGCCAGUGUAGGGGCAAAAACAGGAGUCAACUUUGCCGGCGGGAAAAACAAGCUGGGAAGUUAUGUCCCACCAGUGGCAGCAUUCUUAGACUGCUCAUUCUUCCAAACUCUCCCACCACGUCAGAUCUCUAAUGGGAUGGCAGAGAUGUUAAAGAUGGCUCUGAUGAAGCACCGGGGCCUGUUUGAGUUGAUGGAGACUGAGGGCAGGAAACUGCUGCAUACCAAACUGCAGGUUUGCGAGACCAGUCCUGAACAGGAAGACAGCGCCACAGCCACCAUCCGCAUCGCUAUAGAAACCAUGCUUGAGGAACUGGCUCCUAACUUGUGGGAGGAUGAUCUGGACAGGCUGGUGGAUUUUGGUCACCUCAUCAGCCCAGAGUUAGAAAUGAGAAUAUUGCCAGCACUGCUUCACGGAGAGGCAGUCAACAUCGAUAUGUCCUUCAUGGUAUAUGUGGCCGUCCAAAAGGGACUUCUCACAGUAGAUGAGAAGAAUCGUAUUAUCCAAUGCAUGCUGAGUCUGGAGCUUCCUGUGUGGCACCAGGACUGCACUCUGGAGCUGGUGCAGAAAUCCCUUAAGGAGCGUCUGAAGCACUCUGCUAGCUCUCUGAGGAUGCCUCUUCCCACAGGACUGGGAACUGCAGAAAUCUUUCACGGUAUGAUUGGUGAUGGAAUUCUUUGCCAAGCCCACAAGAAAUGGACUGAUGAGCUUUCUUCAUCAGGAGACAAAUGAAUUUUACAUGACAAUAUGGACAAUACAGACAUGAUAUAGAUACACAAUUGCUGCUGAUUCCUCAAUUGCAUGUCUACCACAUCCCCAAAGGAGGGUUACAGGACUGAGAUCUUGUGAUUGUGGAGGCCACUGAGUACAGUGAACUCAUUGCCAUGUUCAAGAAACCAGUUUGAGCUGAUUUAAGCUUGGUCACAUGGUGCGUUAUCUUACUGGAGGCAGACAUCAAAAGAUCCUAAAGGGAUGGACAUGGGCAGCAACAACAGACUGUAGUAUUUAAACAGUGCUCAGCUGGUACUAAGAGACCCAACGUGUGCCAAGAAAAUAUCCCCCACAUCAUUACACCAGCCUGAACUGUUGAUACAAGGAAGGGUGGAUCCAUGCUUUUAUGUUUUGUACACCAAAUUGUGACCCUACCACCCGAGUGUCACGGCUAAACACAAGAUUAGAUCAGGGAAUGUUUUUCUAUUUUUCUAUUAUGUAACUUUGGUAAGUCUGUCUGUAUUGUAGCCUCAGUUUCCAGCUUUUAGCUGACAACAGUGGCACCUGGUGUAACAAGUUAUAUUUGGGUUACUUUUGCCUUCCUAUCAGCUCAGAGCAGUCUGGCUAUUCUCCUCUGACCUCUGGCGUCAAAAAGGCAAUUUCACUGCUUUUCACUGGUCAUUUUCUCUUUUUCAGACCAUUCUCUGUAAACCCUAGACACAGGUGUGUCCAGCAGAUUAGUCAUUUCUAAAAUACUCAGACCAGGUCUUCCAGCACCAACAACCAUGCCAUGUUCAAAAUCACUUAAAUUGCCCCUGUUCCCCAUUCUGAUGCUCAUUUUGAACUCAGCAGGCCGUCUGGUCAUUCAACUCUUUAGUUAAUGGUUUACAACACACCAUAAUAUAAUGCAAUAGCUACAAAAAGCAGUUGGCAGAAUAAUAAAAAAAGGAAAAUAUCAAAAGCAAUGCAAUAAUUUUUGUAUAUAUAGAAGAGGACUUUAUCUUAUAAAAAACAUACAUGUUUAACUAAACUUACUGUGUUUAUCCCUUUUAAUUUAAAGUGUAGCAUUCUAAAUGACUGAAUCUUUGUAAAUUAAGUAAAUGAGUAAAACUGAACACAAACCAAAUAUGUUUGUUUAUGUGAGUUUCAAAUUGCCUCUAAAAUCAUUCUAAUUAAAAUCGAGAGGGAAAUAAAGGCAAACUCCAACAACAUUCAAAUAAAACUUUUAAUAUUUCUCACAAGAUAGUUUCCACAUUGAGUACCAUCGAGUUUGAGCUCACUAAUCUGAAACCAGUGGGUACAGUAACUACUGCUACAUUCAUCUCUUAUAAACUGUAACAAUAAGAACGGUAGCAACAUCAGCAGAGAACUUUGUUUGUAUGAACCACAGGAAUGACAAUUAGAAGACAAGGCCUAAAUUGAGCUAACAUACCAUAGUUUUUCAUUAGUGGUUUAUCCAUAACAUGCCAUAACAAUUUACAGCUCAGAGAGUCAUUAUGAGAAACGAGUUAAGUGACAGCUUUAUGUAACUGCCACCACAUAGUGUAAUGUUUAUAUCCUUCCUUACAGUCACAUUUUAGGGUUAUUUGAUUUAUCUGUUCUACGUUUAGCCACAGAUCCAUGUUACAGGUAUGCGGGUGUUGUACUGUUUCGAAUCAGUCCCUGGACCUGUGUCACCAUAAGAAACAAUCUACAGUCCACCGAAGCUUCAUCAAUGACAAAAAACCCAAACAAACCAACAUAUUAACUCAA